AUGUUCACGCUCUUAACACACGUGUGUUAGCCGGGUAAAUAAAUGUCGGACGCGUUCACGAGGAUAUGUCUCACGGAAUGCGACGUUUCCUGAAACCAGAUACCGAGCAUGCUGACCGGCCCGGUGCAACAGCGGCUCGAGGACAUGCCCUGGCUGGCCUCCGGCCCGUCGCUGGAAUACCAGCCAGGCAUCUCACCGAUUCCCGCGGGAGUGAAGAUGUGCCAUCCCGGCGGCGGCGGCACCGCCCAGAGGAGUCUCAAGGAGCAACGGAUACGUCGCCCGAUGAACGCGUUCAUGGUCUGGGCAAAGGUCGAGCGCAAGAAAUUGGCCGAUGAGAAUCCCGAUCUCCACAAUGCCGAUCUCAGCAAGAUGCUCGGAAAGAAGUGGCGAGGACUGACGCCGCAAGACAGGAGGCCCUACGUCGAGGAGGCUGAGAGGCUUCGGGUCAUACACAUGCAGGAACAUCCGAAUUACAAGUACAGGCCACGACGUAGGAAGCACGCGAAACGGACACCCGGUGCACCGUCCUCGCCUCCCUCAGCGACCAACACCGCGGGCAACAGGUCCAACCCUGCCGGCCCGGCGAUUCAUCAUUCCAUGUCCAAGAUGGACAGUUACCAGGGCAUAUCUCAGAUCCCGUGGGGUGGCCAUUCCCCGAUCUCAUCCCUGUAUCAUCAACAGCAACAGCAGGGUAUCCAGGAGUACAAAUCGGAAAAUAAUUCGCUCUACGGCAGUCCUUACACGCCCAUCAUCCACACCCCGGACAUAUCCCCGGUGGCCUCUCCCGAGCCCGAUGGUGACGGCGGUCAUCUAUCGUCCGCUCAGAAUCCAGAUCCAGAACGAGAUCUGAUGGAGGGUACCUCGAAGCAACACGGAGACAUGUCUGAUCAGAAACGAUACACCUUUAUGAGUAGCGACAAUCAGCUACACACGGGUCACGCUAGUAACACUAGCAUAUCAUCGUGUCAGAAUUCCGGCGGUUACACGGAUACCUUAACGUAUAAAAAAUCCGUGGGCUAUUUGAACUUCGAGAGACAGUCCACGAGCAUAGCUGCGGUGGGUAUAGCGAACGGUAUGAUGGUGUCGUGCAAUAAACUACGCUCCGGUUUCGACAACGUCGGCUCCGUCACGGGCACGUUUUAUCCACCAGUCGCCUCGCCGCACGAUCAAUCGCUGCAGCAUUACAGCAGCACGCAGACGUCCAAGAGCACGACGAACUAUUCGAUGCAGUCUACCAUCGAGAGCAAUUACAAUCCGGUCCAAUGCACCGGUAAUCGACAGCAGCCCAUAGGGAUCCGCGGAACCGCCGAAAGUUGCACCGGCACAGUGACGCACCGAUACCAAAUGCCGCAUCAUCAGGAGUACCAGACGGACGCGUCCUCCGGCCAACAGCACGCGAUUCUCGGUCACAUCGAUCCCGGUAUGAGCGCCGAGGACGAUCAGCAGCAGACCCUCCAGCUGGAAAAAUAUUUCAAGUAUUCCCAUCCGACGAGCGUGGCGCACUCGAGCCUGUCCUCGCAGAGUAUGUUGGACAGCAACCACAACUACGCCAGUGAUCUGCGCUACUACGGGACACCGCCGCAGUCUCAGCUGGACAUGCCGAAUUCUCAGUGCAUCGUCGACGAUCAGGGCAACAAGGACGCUCGUUGUCCUAACGUCGCGAUCGGCCACACCAUGGAGCAGUAUCAUCCGGGACUGGAGGUGUCCAAGUAUACGGACCAUUCGGUGACGCAACAACAUCAACAGUCGCAGCCGCAGCAACAGCAGCAGCAGAGCAUGGAACAUGUGCCCAAAGCCGACGACGAUUUCAGUGUUAUACUUGCGGACGUGCGCAAGACUUGCUACAGUAGCUAGUGUUUCUCUCCUUCUAGUGCACAAAACGAUCCACACAUGUUUUCGGGUUGGAUUGAUAUGCGAAUUUCAGGGACUCUUCUUUCGCCUACGGUCGGGAUGAGCAGGACGCUUGUGCGCACAUUUUAGGCCAUCACGUGUGAUUGGUGCUACUCGAAAAACUAUAUCGAAACAUUUUUAUCUCGUGAUAAAAGGUACGUUCUUUUCAUUAACUUCGGAAACAAUAUUUUAGUUUAGAGUCUCUUCACACGUGGGCAGAGGAUAUUGUUUUGCAACUUUGUUCAAUUUCCAACACCACAAAAAUAUUUAAUUGCAGUUUUAUCUUUUGGAAACUGUCUAUGAGUAUCUCCUGUGUAUAAGCGAUCUCUUGCGGAUUUCAGUACAACUGAAAUUACAUUCAUGCGAGUCAGUGGCGUAUAAUUGUCGCCUGUCAGCAAGUUGCGGUAAGCAAAAUUGCGAUAAAAAAAAUGAUACGAAUAUAACAAUACGAUACAAACAAAUGAUAAACUGCCUGAUAUGAUCAAGAGUGUCGUCAUAUUUCGUUAUAAUGAACAUCGUUUUGUUGAAAUUUUUUUACAAGAUAUUAAACUUCCUGGAUCUCUAUCUUAUCUACAGACUUCUAUGAACACUUUAGAAACCUCAGAAAACGUAAUGAUAGGCGGCUGAUGGUGCACGGCUAGUGUAGCAUUAAAAUUGCAGAGAGAAUCGUAUACUCACAUAGAUUGUCACAUUAUUUUGUCACAUUAGUUUCAUUAUCAAAGAUAAUACAGUAGCAGAGAUAUAAUAGCGAUAGCUAGAUAUUAAAUUUAUGUUAUUAUAUUAGAAAACUUGUUACAUGUCAAGAAAUGUUUUGCAUCAGCAAGUCUUUUCGUCUUUACUCCGAGAUAGCAGCAUUUACUUUCGGUGCUACACCACUGUGAGCUUUAUCGUCCAAAAGCUUAUUUUUUUUAUCGUUUUAUAAACGAUGAUUUACACAGUGUAUGUUGUUUUGUUGUAAAUAAAUUUUUCUUUUCUUGUUCAUCAGGGUGGCAUUUCUAGUAGCUUGUGCGAAUUGCACAUUUCAAGUUUUAUAGAAAUGCAAAGUGGUGCAAAAUGUCUUUGAUGUGUAUAGAGAUGUGUAAAGAAUUCUGGGUAAAACUAAAUUAUUAUUACACUUAUUAUUUUGCUAUUAUCAUAUUACUUAUUAUUAACAUUAUUAUUAAUAUUAUUAUUAUUAUUAUUAUUAAUGUAUCGUACUUAAUAGAAUCAAUUAUGAACAAACAUU